ACACAUUUGCGUUUGUCUUUCUUUUGUCUCAGCUCAUCUCGGCGUGUGGACAGUCAUGUGCUCGUUUUUGUUUGUUUUUAGGGACGUGUUUAAGUGAUGACGCGUUCGCAGUGUAGUUUAACUGUGCUGUUAAAACAUAAUUUGGUCGCAUUCGCCGCGUGAAUGUUUCCUCCUUUGAUCUCGAGCGUCACUUGACUCCAGAAGCAAAAUCACAAACGGCUCAGAGACAAAAGACGACAUGUCAGAGUAAAAAAAAAAAAAAAAAAAAAAAAAAAGUGGAAGUGAAAGCUGGUGAGAGCCUGCUGUGCAUUUGGGGACGAUGUCUGAGCCUGAGAGAUCUCUGGCUGUGUGCCGCAGGAUCUGCUACGCCACAGGUCACUUUCUGAACGACCUGUGCGCGUCCAUGUGGUUCACGUACCUGCUGGUUUUCUACCACUCAGUGCUGGGCUUCCAGAAUACAUCUGCAGGUGUACUGUUGCUGGUUGGGCAGAUUGCUGAUGGUGUGUGCACGCCUCUCAUUGGCUACGAGUCUGACCGAACAUCUGGUUGUAGAAACUACGGCAAGAGGAAGACAUGGCAUUUAGUGGGUACGCUGAGUGUGGUGGUGUCCUUUGGCUUCAUUUUCAACCAGUGCUUCAGCUGUGACUCCCUCACCCCUCAGUGGGCCAGUUUGACCUACUUCAUUCCCUUUAUUGUCAUCUUUCAAUUCGGCUGGGCGGCCACUCAGAUCUCACAUCUGUCCCUCAUCCCAGAGCUGGUUAGCUGUGAGCACGCUAAAGUAGAACUCACCGCGUACAGGUAUGCCUUCACGGUGAUUGCCAACAUAACAGUGUACGCAGUGGCCUACCUGCUGUUCCACUUCCAGGUUGGUGGGGAUAACGACCCCCUCUCUGAUGAACUUGGACCAGGAGAUAUUCCUGUCUUCAGGAAUUUGGCUCUGAUUGUGCUGGCUAUUGGUGCCGUCUUUUCCAUCAUUUUCCAUGUGGGAACCAAAGAACAGCAACCUGCUGCAACAGAGGAGGAGGGAGGAGAACAGGAGGAACAGAAAUGUCCACGUUCAGAGUCAUCAUUGUCCCUUCUGCAGUGGAAAUGUUGGCUGCAACAGCCCUCCUUCUACCAGGUGGCUGUUCUCUACAUGUCCACCAGGUUAAUAGUCAAUCUGUCUCAAACUUACAUCUCCAUGUACCUCACCAACACGCUGGGCCUGCCAAAGAACUUCAUCGCAACAAUUCCUUUGGUCAUGUAUCUCAGUGGCUUCCUGUCCUCCUUCAUCAUGAAGCCCAUCAGUAAGCGCAUCGGGAAAUCUCUGACGUACUUUCUGGGCCUGCUGCUGAUCCUGGCCUUCUCCUACUGGGUGUUGCUGGAUGGCAGAAUGGGCCAGCGGGUGUACGGGGCAGCUGUGCUGCUGGGGGCGGGCUCAGCCACCAUCAUGGUCAUAUCACUGUCCAUGACCGCCCAACUGAUUGCUAACCAGACGCAAAGUGGAGCGUUUGUGUACGGAGCCAUGAGUUUUACCGACAAAGUGGCUAAUGGAGCAGCCGUGAUGAUCAUUCAGGCCGUGCACCCGUGCCAUACUACAGUGUGCUGUCCAGACUGUGUGUGGUUCUACCAUUACAUCAUGGUCAUAGUGACAGGGGGUGUGGCUAUUGUUGCAGCAUUAGCCCUCUGUUCCAUCCUCAUCUGGCCAAUCAGGAUCAGACCACGUUACCUGUUGGUCUCUGAUGAUUCAGUUUGUGUCAACUAGCCCCGCCCACCUGCCGGAGUACAGCCAUGUGAGCAGUUAA